CUCGGCCGUCUGUCUUGUUCACGCGCAGUGUUGUCAGAUCUCGCGAGAGAAACAAGCAACCAGCUCCAUUUCUUCCUUUUACUGGCAGGGUUUCAGUCAUUACUAACUGAAAGGUUGAUAGCGCGACCUCCUGUAGUGUAGAAUGUAGUAUGGACCAUAGGACAGGACGAAGAAGUCCCGUUAAGAAGCUGUGGAGGACUAAGAUGCUCUACUAGUCUGCUGGAAAUCCAAGGAAGAACAACGAAGACAAAACAAGAUGGCGUUUGACGGCGAAGGCCUAAACGUGGCCAUUAUAGACGUCUGUGAAGACAAUCUUCUACCUGAGGAAAAGGAGUGCAGCUUCAGGAUGCAGCCAGAGGAGCCACAGCCCACUUACUUUAAAGAAGAAGAAGUGCCAGAGAACCCGCACAUUAAAAAGGAAGUUAAAGAUCCACUGACCUCCGACAUGAAACGGAACGAGAAAGAACCACUGAAUCCCCACUUUAAAGCGGAAGAGGGGGCGCCACAAAGCUCCUGCCUUAAAGAGGAAGAGGAGGAACACAGCAUCAGUCAAGAAGGAGAGCAGCUUGAGUGGUUGGAGGAGUUCCCGGUGAUUAGAGUUAUUGUGAAGAGUGAAGAUGAUGAGGUCGAAGGUCAAAGUGAGGAGAGGGGAGGGGGGGAGCCUCCAAGCAGCAGCUCAACACAACACAUGACAACAGAAGCUGAUGGAGACCACUGUGGAGGAUCACAAGUAGACAAGCUCUUAGCUCCACUAUCAGAUAGUGAGGACACAACCUCACACUCUCCUGACACUGAUGAUGAAGACUCUAAAGAAGAUAAGACAUGUCACACGGACAACACACACUUCAAAUGUUCCCACUGUGGCAAAACUUUUAAUUACCAUUGUCGUCUGAAAACACACAUGAGAAGACACACUGGAGAAAAACCAUUUUCUUGCUCAGAAUGCGGUAAAGGUUUUGUACUACGUCAAACUUUAAAAGUACACAUGAGAACACACACUGGAGAAAACCCUUUCAUCUGUUCAAUCUGUGAUAAAGGUUUUGGGACAAGUCACGGAUUGAAAUUACACAUGAGAAGACACACUGGAGAAACCCCUUUUCCUUGCUCAGUAUGUGGUAAAGGUUUUGUACAAAGUCAAAGUUUGAAAGUGCACAUGAGAAUACACACCGGAGAAAAACCUUUUAUCUGUUCGAUCUGUGGUAAAGGUUUUGUACAACAUCAAAAUUUGAAGGUACACUUGAGAAUACACACUGGAGAAAAACCUUUUACCUGUUCAAUCUGCGGUAAAGGUUUUGGACAAAGUAACAGUUUGAAAGUACAUUUGGCAACGCACACUGGUGUAAAACCUUUUUCCUGUUCAUUCUGUGGUAAAAGUUUUAUAGAAAGUCAAUGUCUGAAAAGACACACUAAAAUACACACCGGGGAGAAUUCACACUUCUGUUCAAUCUGCAAUAGAAACUUUUGUGACAGAGUAAACCUUAUAGUACACAUGAGAAAACACACGGGUGAGAAAGUGUUGAGUUGCAGUGUGUGUGGUGAAAGAUUCUCUUACAAGAAACAGUGUGAGAAACACAAGUGUGCUGGCGAGAACAGCAGCAGCAAAUGAAACUGCAGGAUUUGAAAUAAACUGUUGAAACUU